UCUCCUUAUAUAUAUAAUCCAACAAGCUUGUAGGAUCUUUCAUCAACUAAAACUUGCACUCAGAGAGUUAUACAAACACAACUUACAAAUCUCUUUUGCUUUCCAGACUAAAGUAUAUCCUCUGAAGAAAAUGAUGAACCCAAAGAAGCUCAUGAAGAUGGCCAAGAAAUGGCAACAGAGAGCAGCCUUAAGCAGGAAAAGAAUCUCAUUCCAAAGAUCAAGUACUACUACUACCUCAGCGGCUGUAGAGAAGGGUUGUUUUGUGGUUUACACAGCGGAUAAUGCACGCUUUGCUUUUCCAUUAAGUUAUCUGAACAACUCUGUUUUCCAAGAGAUCUUGAAGAUAUCUGAAGAAGAAUUUGGCCUCCCAACCAGUGGACCAAUCACUUUGCCCUUUGAUUCGGUUUUCUUGAAGUAUCUAAUCAAACUGAUCGAAAGAAGAAUAGAUGGAGAUACAGAAAGGGCUUUGUUAAUGUCAAUAUCUAGUGCUAGAUGUUCUUUACCAUGCUCUUUACAACAACAACAAGAGCAUUUGCUUGUAUGCUAGAAAAUUAGUGUGUAGUAAUUUCUGUAUUUCUAAAGAUUCAUUUAUAUUGUAUUAGACUACAGAUUAUUUCAGAAAUACAAACAAUUAUUUUUUUGUCUC